UUGCCGCCAGCCAAUGGGAAGGCGGGAGGCGGGCGCGGCGGGGCCGGUCGGAAGCGCGGGGCCGGGCCCGGCAGCGGCGGCUGGCGGAGGAGCCGGCUCUCGCCCCCAAAAUGGCCACGGCUGCGGUGCCGGAGGGGGAAACCCGGCUGUGCGGCAACUGCAAAAAGGAUAUUCCUGUUCCUAAUUUCACCAUUCAUGAAAUCCACUGUAGCAGAAACCUCGAAGUGUGCCGCUACUGCAGUGAAUCGAUCCCCAAGUCUGAAAUGAAGAACCACAUCGAAUCGGAACACGUGCAGGUUACCUGCAAGUGUAGCAUGAAGGUAGAAAAAAGCCUCUUGGAGGAUCAUGAGGCAUCAGCGUGCCCUUUGCGUCCUGCAGUCUGCCAGCAUUGUGACAUCCAGCUAACUUUCAAUAAGCUUCAGGAUCAUGAAAGUUACUGUGGAGCUAGGACUGAGAUAUGUAGUGGGUGUGGUCUUAACGUAAUGGUAAAAGAUCUGAAAGAGCACCCUCGAGUCUGUGGGAAAGAGGUGAAACAAGCAAGAGUAAGCAGAACAGUGCCUCGCUUUGAGGACGAGGAUGCGGACGCGCACUUGCGCGCCCUUCGAGACAUUAGAAACCAGCUAAGAUCAGAUAACUACCCCGGGCCUUUGUGGAGAAUGCCCAGGGUGCUAGAAAGGCAGAUUUAUAGCAGCUGUGUAGGAGACAAAACAAUUAAGGACAUUAGGAGAAGAAAUGUUUCAGCAGUACAAAGAAGUCAAAGUCAAGAGCAUGAACUGGAGCAGUGGGAGAGAAAUAAAAACACUAACUCACUUUGUGGAGAGCGGAACGCCAAUUUGGACUACAUGCUGGCCCUUAGCCUACAAAAUGAGAAUCCUCACAACGAUGCUGCCGCGGAAAUUCACAGUGACUUCUGGGAGCACUACUACACCAAAGAGUCUGUGCCAUCUGCCUGCCCUGAUGAACCAGACAACUCAAAUAUCUUUUCUUGUGACUCUUCAUUGUCUCUUAGCACUUCAAACCACAUAAAAAGUGACGAGAUCAUGUUGCCGUGUGAGUUUUGUGAGGAGCUCUACCCUGCUGAAGAUCUGAUUCUUCAUCAGACAGGUUGUAACCCAGCAAGUGCCUUUGCCUCGUUCAGUAAAAGAAGUUCCUCUCCAAACCCACGGAAAUGCGACGGGCUGCAAGAUCUUGGUUCCAAAAGCUGUAGGUCUGUUUAUUUGCCCCAGCACCAAGCUGUCCAGGCAGAAGCAAACAUCAUCAUUCCCUGUGAGUUUUGUGGCAUCCAGCUAGAAGAGGAGAUCCUCUUCCAUCAUCAGGAUCAAUGUGACUUGCGCCCAGCCACAGCCAGCCCAGCGGACAGCUUUCCAUCGCAGCAGUCGGCCUCUCCUCAAGACAACAGAGAGAGAAGGGAAUCGCCAGAGCUGGUUCGGAGGCGAAUCAGGCAUCAAGGAGAUGUUUCUCCUCGGUGCAUAGAAGGCUUCAGGCAGCAGAGGCUCAGUUACCCUGCGCGAGGGACCAGGUCGCUGAGUAACGCGGCAAACGCCAGGAACGCGCCACCGACCUCGUCGGGAACGGUGAGAGCCAGCGAGGCUCUGAACGCGAGGGGGAAGCCGAGGAAGGUGGCCGGGAACGAGGGGAGGCAGAAGAGCAGAGGUGCGGGCGAACCUGGCGGGACAGCGCCACGCGUGAGACCGAGCCCGAACUUCCAUUCGGAAGCCUUCACGUCCGGCUUCUCCGGUACUUCUCCAGCCCGCCCCAGCAUCAGAAGUGAAGGAGGGAGGAGUCUGGGGCUGUCGGAUGUGCCAGGCGGCUUGAGGAGCAGGAAUGUAAAGGCAAAGCCCCAAAGCCCUGAGUUUGGUUAUCUGGAGGACGAGUGAUCUACCGCAUAUAUGAAAACCAUGCCUAGCACUCUACGCACUCUUACUAUGCACUAUAGUACUUAUUUAUCUGAGCGCAAGUAAUUGCUACAUUGCCAUGUCACUGAAGACUUUAUAUGAAUUUAAAUUUUUAUGGGCAGUGAUCAUUUUAUAUGUAUUUUUAAUUUGUGAGAGUAUACUACAGGUUUUUACUUCUGUGAUCUACACUAAGCAACAUCCCAAGCUGCGUGUUUGCUAACGGGCUUCUGCCUAGGGAACCCCAUCGUCCGUGUUUCCAUAGGGCUUUUCGCAACACCGUCUGAAGGAGAAUUUCUUCACCCUUUCUGUAAGCAUGUUUCCUGCUGCUCGUGUGCUAGUUAUUCUGCAGACAGCAGCGCUCUACGAAGACCACCACAGCGAGCUCCCAGCCAGGAUGCGGUAGGGGAUGAGGGGGGCUUAGGGCUGAGAGCCCCUUGUCCGAAAGGCAUGGGGGAUGGCGCACAGCAGCUUCGUGCUGGGGCCUUGUGCUGUGGUGGGGGCUGCGCCCUCGCUGCAUGUCCCGGUUUGUUACCGGAGGGCCUAGGACGUGGCUGGGGGAACCCCGAGUUCUGUGGUGGGUGAGCUCUGAUCCCGGGCUGGCGCAGUGAAAUGCUUUUUAAUGCUGUAUUUGUCAGUGCUUUUUAAACUCCUUGUAAUAAAUUUUAUCUAAUGAUAUCCUGAAA